AAAUUGAGGUCACCCUUUCAAAGUUGGUGGGUAACAUAUAAGGUUUAACAAAAUUUCAAAUAUUAUUAUUAACUGCUACUGAUUAUACGGAAGAGUUCAAUGCACGGAGCAAAUAAUGCAACUACUUCUUUAUCUCAAGCUACUCAACCACAAUUAUGGUCUCCUAUCAAUCCAACAACUCAUCAAAAAACAAUAACUCCUACACAACCUGUCUAUAAUACUGCUGAUAUUUUACCUUCCACUAUCAUCCAAUCAUCACAAUCAUUAGCAUGUUACUCAUCACAAUCUACUAGUACUCAAUCUAAUCAGCCAAGUCAUAUAACUACAGAACUACCAGUGGAUGGACCUCUUCUAUCUGAUUGUUAUGCUGCUCUAUUAGGCUUGGCUGAAACAUUUCGAACAAUGAGUCCUCCUAAUAUGCGACUUGCUGUACAUUGUCUUAAAGCUAUACUACAAUUUAAACUUUCUGUCAAUUUAGAAGCACGUACACAUUUACAACUUGGACGUUUAUUAUUUCAUUAUAGUAAAAGUGAUGAACAAACAAAAUAUCAUUUGGAAAAAGCGCGUACUUUAGGUGCACAUUUAAAAGCAAAUGAUGAUUCUAUUAAAUUUGAAGCAGCUACAUUAUUAGCGGAAUUUUUUGAAAGAAAGGGUAAACGUUAUGAAGCAACGUGUAUUUUAAAUGAUGCUAUUCGUUUAUCAAAUAACAGUCCAUAUUGGCAUUGUCGAAUUUUAUUGGAAUUAGCACAAGCGCAUAUUGCUGAACGUGAUGUGAAUUCAGCUUGUGAAAUUUUAGCAAUGGGUUCAGAAUAUGCACGUUUACAUAAUUCCGAUUAUACUAAUGGGUUAUUUCUAUUAAGUAAAUGCAUGUUAUUGUUAGCAAGUAGACAACUCCCGGAAGUUACAGUUACAUUAACCAAUGUGAAUCGAUUAAUUGAACAAUUCAAAGGAACUAUGUAUCAUCGUGAAGCUUUACGUGUAUUUUAUCUUGUUCUUCAUGUAUCAUUUUAUUUAAUUUCUGGUCAAGCAAAAUCUGCUCAUCCAAUUCUAAGACAAUUACAUCAAAGUAUUCAACAAUUUGCUGCAAUGGAUGAAGCGGAUACAACAUCAACCAAUGAAAUUGAACGAUUUCAUUGGAUGCCACGUGAACAUAUGGUUAUAUUAGUCUAUCUUGUUACAGUAAUGCAAUCAAUGCAAGCUGGUAUGUUAGAUAGAGCUAAACGUUCAGCUGAAAAAGCAUUAAUACAAAUUGAAAAGCUAUCUGUAUUCGAUACAAGUCCAUUAUUGACUGUAUUUCAUUUAAGUUUAUUAGAACACACUGCUAUGGGUCGUUUAGUAAUGGGUGUACAAACAGCUGCAGCACAAGAUAUUGGUCAAGUUUAUCGUAUAUGUCAAGCUAAUCCAGCGCUGAUGUAUAAACGUUUACCACAAUUGCAUACAUUAAUUGGUUUAUAUGCUAUGUCAAUGAAUUGUAUGAAUCAAGCAGAAAAUCAAUUUAAAUAUGCUUUAAGACUUAUUGCUGGACCUCAACAAUCCACAGUCGGUGCUUGUCGAACAACCAAUGCAAAUAAUGAUAAGAAUUUCUUGAAUACAACCAAUCAUAAUGCUACAAGAGCAUCAUGUCAACCGGAUGGACCACGUGAUUCGUUGUCUGUAUUAAUUUGUCUUAAUUUAGCUUUAGUUCAUAUACGUAAAGGCAAUACCAUUGAAUGUGAGGCAUUAUUAAAUGAAGUAUUCUCAUAUGGUAUUCAUGUACUUGAAGGUUGUUAUUGUCUACGUGCAGCUGCAGAUUAUGUACGUGCAUUUCAAGCAUUCUAUGAAAAUCGUCUAUUAGAUGCAAAAUCUUAUUUACGUGAAACUGUACGACUGGGCAAUGAAGAAGAAUUGCAUCGUUUAUCUGCUUCAGCAUUUAUUACAAUGGGACAAAUACAUUUGAAUGAACAAAAUACUACGGAAGGUCAUAAAAUGAUUAGUGCAGCUAUUCAUAUAGCUAAUCGUUUACCUGAUAUCGGUAUACAAUUAUGGGCAACUGCUUUACUUAAAAGUGUUGCUAAUCUACAUGGUGAUACACAAGAAGAAACACGUUGGUUUACAGAACAUGAUCGUUUUUCAAAAAUUGUAAUACAUGAACAUAUGCGUGCUAUUUCUGCACCGGAACAUUCACUUAUUGAAUGGUUAGAUGGACCAAUGCCUGAACUUCAACCACCGCAUACAGUUGCAUCAACUUCAGAUACAAAUAAUUUUUAAAUUGGGAGAAAAAAACAAUUUUUAUCGUUAGAAAAUAUAGUUGAACGACGAUUGAUCUCUCUCUGUCUCUCUCUCUGUCUCCCUUGUAAAAACACGCUUAUCAUCAUCAUCAUCAUCAUAAUUGUAUGCUUCUAUCUUUCCUUGUUGUUAUUGCUGUUGUCUAUUCGUCCAUUUCAACUUUGACUUUUGCAAAUUACAUCGAAUUGUACUGUCUAUCUAUGCGUUGUUGGCUUUACUGUUCAUCUUCGCACACACCGCACACACACACAAUCGACCUUUCAAUUAGGUCUCCCUGCUGUUCUAUUUUUGUCUCUCAAUACAGUGUAACUUGUUUUUACUAUUAUUAUUUAGUAUCAGUGACAAUGGCAAUGAUAGUAGUACUACUACUACUACUAAUAGUAAUAAUAGUAGUAUCGGUAGUGGUGUUUAGAACUUUUUUGUUCCAUUGUACAAAGACAAUGUGUGUGUGUCUGUGCGUGUGCGUGUGUGUGUCUGUGUCACUGUUUUACUACGAACUGCUCAACUGGUUUCAUCUUUUCACCUGUGUACCUUCUCUAACAAACGACAACAGCGACCCCCCCCACAUCAUCGUGUCCAUCAGUGACAGCAUCGGCGACAGUUGUGUGUGUUGUUGAAGCCAUACAUUGAUGAGCUGUGCUGUUGACUGAUUAUUUUUUUCGUUUGUCUCAUUUCCGUUUGUUUUUCUCUUCAAUUUGCUUUAAUUUUUCUGGUUUUGUGUUUGCCUGUUUGUUGCUCAAUGUGUGUGUGUGUGUUGCAUAUACUUUUUUUCUAUUAUCGUUCUCAUUAUUAAUAGUGAUAAUCAUGAGGUUAAUUUUUUAUUUAUUCCCCUUUUAUUAUUUACCAAUUUAUUUUUCUUUUUUUCUAAAUUGAAAAAAAAAAUUACACAAAUUAAAAGUAAUCAAUUGUU